AUAGUCAGCUCGUCAGCUGUCUCUCGGAUGGUAGACAAGACUGCGGUAGGCAGGGACUGGAGUUCCAAGAAACAUUAAGUCAAGAAGUAGUGCUAUGCUAGCACUGCUACUGCCAGCAAAAAGCAAAAGAAUAAGGAGCAAUUAACUUACGCGGAAUGAUGGAAGUCAACAGUGAGGUAUCAGCUGUAGAAAAGCGACUUAUUGUUAGCAUUGUCGAGCUUGAGACCAAGCUGCGAGAGAAUGUUAAUUACCAAUCUUGCAUUGAUGAGUUGCUGGAAACCUUUGGAAGAAUGCACGUGGCUGCCAGAGAGUCCAAAAAUUCCAGCAAGAAGAUGGCAGUUGCUCUUAAAUUCAAGUUUGACGCUGCCGCCGCAGAGCAGCUUGAGAUCCGAGAUCCCUCAAAUAAUGCUGUUUACAAGUCAGUCAAACAGUUUGGAGCGCCGUAUUUCAAGGACAGUCAAGGAUUUGCUCCAUGCAAGAAUGAGGAUGAGGCAAAAAUGGAAAAACUAGGCUUCCUAGACAUAGCUUGUCUCAAUCAACCUGUAAAAUGGCAACAUUGGGAAAUGAAACUGCUGGAUGAAACCGUCCGAAAAGUGGCUUUGGGCGUGCUCCGCAGACCUUUGGUGGCAAAGAGGGCCACAUUAUUAGAUCAGCAAAAAACACAGAAGAACGCAAACAUGUCGACAGCCCUGGUUGACCUGCUCAUCUCCGAGCUUAACAAAAAGAUUUUUGAGCUGAGUGGCGAAGCGCUCUUUGAGACUUUGAACAGCCCAGGCACUGAACACGACUGGAGCCGUAUAUCAGUCACCGAGUUUGAAAGUCAGCGUUCACCAUUAGAAUUACAGGCCAUGUGGAAGCAGUGUCUUGUGCCGACCCUGCUGAGAAAGCCAUGGAGCAAGGAGGAAACUGAUCUCCUAAGGGAAGUAGCAAGCAGGAACAAUUUUGAGAACUGGACUGUCAUUAGUGCUGAAUUGGGUGGAAGGCGCUCCAUGUACCAAUGUUUUCUUCACUAUCAAAGCGUCCUAAACCGGUUCAGAGAUGGCUGGACUGAUGCUGACGACAAAAAGCUAAAAGCCUCCGUCAAAGCUCUCAAGCACGACAAAUUCGUUCCGUGGGAAAAGGUUGCUGAGCAACUUCCUGGAAAAAGUGUCACACAGAUUGUAAAGAGAUGGACCCAGCACCUUGAUCCCCGAAUCAAAUCUGGUGGCUUCACUGAGAGAGAUGACAUGAUUUUGACAGCGGCAAGAAGCCAGAAGAUGACUUUUAGACAGAUCACAGCUUUACUUCCUGGCAGAACAGAGAGUCAACUCCGAAUCCGUUACACCAGACUGGAGUGCUUCAAGCCCAGUGUGCCUUGGAUUCCUGAGGAUGACCAGAAACUUCUAGCUUUGGUUAAGCAAUUCAAAGGCAGCAAAGAUCUCUGGGCUAUCAUCUGCGAAUAUUUUCCCGAAAGAGACAGACAGCAGUUGAAAGGCCGUUACAAACGCCUUCAAAAUGAUUGUGCAGGGGUCAAAAACACGCUACCGCGGAAAGGGAAGAAGUCUAUCUGGACUCUAAACAAGAGACGGACUACUCCAAUUUUCAAUGCGAGGAAUGUGAUUAAAUUUGCCUCGAACGCUCAGAAUGCUGGCAAAGUUGGCCGCAAGGGAAGAAAGAAAGAUGCUUUGGAUUUGGAGUUUGAUCAAGUCUUCCGCAGUCACUAUGCUCAACCUAAAGGCCGCAAGAGAAAGUACCACCCUAAUUCAGCAGAUCCUGAGAGUGUGGUGGAAGGCCGUCGACUGGCUGAAAUGUUUGGCGUUCACCUGAACUGGGGGCGAGAGCACAAUUUGGUUAAAGCCGCAUCAAGCGACCCCGACUUCCAUGGCGUGUUGAACGUGUAUAGGCAGCUGAAAAUGAUGCAUCGCGAGGAAGGCUGGAACCCGGCCAGCAACCAAGUUGCCCAGCUCACUCCUCCAAACAUUUGCACACUGAUUGGUCUGCGAACACUGCUGCUUGAGGAACGCAACAUCCUGGCCAUGACCCUCCAAGGCCAAACUGAGGUACCAACGUAUCUGAAGGGCAUCGUGGAGAGAGCCGACUUGAACUGGGAGGAUGUGGGGAACAAUGAUGGAGGAGUGCAUUUGAACAACAAUGACACAUUGCCUCCGUCAUCAGACCAACAUAUUUCGCCAGCGUUGGCCAUUUCUCUCUUCAAGCAACGAUUCUUCUCGCUGUUUAUUUGGCCGAGUUUGAUGUCUCAGCUAGCGCCUUCGUUGGACUACAAGAAAGAUCUAUUUGAGGGCGAAAGAAUGGCUUGUGCCAGCUCAGAUGAGGAAGGUGAAGCUGUUGAAAAUCUCUUUCUUGACUUUGAUACGGACGAAGAAGCCAAGAAGCUUGAGGAGUCUAGUGAGGAGGAUCAAAAGAAGCAACUCAUGGAAAGGUGGCUGGAGUAUCGGGAGCAGAAGAUCAAUCAGCCUGAUGAAGAGAGCAAUGAAUUGCCUUCAGUGUUACAGAAGAAAAGGCGGUUGCCUAAGAAGAGGGGAAGGAAGAAGUUGGAUGUAGAUGAUUGGCUUCAGUCCCACAUCAGGAACAAUCUUGAUUCCUGGUAAAAUGUACACACUUCCACUGUUAAUACUAGUAAAUCAUUGCUUUGUUAUAUCAUAUCCCAUAAUUAAUUUGUAUGUUUAAAGUGGUACUUCAAACUUAAAAUAUGUUCCGAUUUUUUCUUAAAGAAAUUAACAAAGACAUCUACACACCAAAGUAUUUUGAUUUUGUGGAUAACGCAGUGGAUAGUUAAUUUUUUGUUUUAAAUUUAAAAUACAAUUAAUUCCAUCAUCGUCUCAAAGUUUGCCAACUGUUUACAACACAGAUAAUUUGUACCAUCUGAAUUUUUAAACCUCCAAUUUCAUAAUUGUUUGUUAGAUUGCUGCGCUAAUGAAAAUAUUUGUUCUGGCGCAAUGGUUUUAGGUGAAAAAUAAAUUUCUGUCGCAAUAAUAUA